UUUAACACAUCACAAUUUGGUUUUAUUUCUUUGUAUAUUCUUCAAAGCAAUUAAGGCAAUGGAGGGAAAGACUAUGGUCAAAUUAUCUCACGUGGUUGCUAUCUUGCUUCUUGCAUCACUGUUUCAACCUAUGAUGGCACGAGAUCUGAGUGAUGAGAUCAUAGAAAUAUUGCGACUUCCACUGGCAAAAGAAAACCAAGUGAAAUAUCUUGAUGACUCAGAACCAAUUUGCCCAGGAAAGCAAUCAUGGCCUGAACUUGUUGGACAACCAGCCCUCACGGCUCAGGAAAUAAUUUAUAAGGAAAAUCCUAUAGUCACAAAUGUUGAGAUUUUAGUCCCUGUUAUGCCUGUGACAGGAGAUUUUGUAUGUGGUCGAGUUAGAAUUAUUGCUAACUUCCAGCUCAUUGUUGUUCAAACUCCCAGGAUGGGUUAAUUAUUGUAAAUUACUAGUAGUUCUAUGGGAGCAUUAUGGAAGAUUAGAAUAAGCAGCACCAAGAAUAAGAAGGCUAUAUUGUAGAGUCCUAUAGUGUCUUGAUCAUGUACUUUACUAUUUCAAAAUAAAUAAAUAAAGUGGUGCUUAUUCAUAUUAUCAUAA